AUGAAAAGCCCCGACUCAGCCCACACUGUUCUGGCGCAGGAGUGGGGGGUGGAACCGAGCCCAGAACUUACCAGCCUCCCUCUGCCCCCGCCAGGCCCUGUGCUCCCCUUCCCCCUCCAGCUGCCCCCCGGCCCCCUGGCAGUGCUGCUGGGGGGGAACCUCUCAAUCCCGCUCUCCUACCCCCCGACCCAGCCGCCCCCCAGAAUCGUGUGGCAGAGGAACCUGACGGUGCUGGCAGACGGACACCUAGGUCCCAACAGCUCGGUGGCCGUGGCCUCGGCCUACCAGGACCGGCUCAGCGUGGAUCCCCAAGAGGGGGCGCUCACCAUUGUCCCCGUGGCCCUGCAGGAUGCCGGCCCCUACACAGUCGAGGUCUUCCCACUGGGGGGCCAGGUGUGGAGGGGGGACGUCCAGGUGGAGGUGUACAAGCUGGUAGGAAAGGUCUCUGUGACGCCCCCGUCCCUGGCGGUGAGCGAAGGCGUCAGGUCGGCGGCUCUCACCUGCGCCCCUGUGCGGGGCACCGUCACCUGGACCAGGGAUGGGCAAAACCUGGACUCGAACCCCCGGUACCGGGUCUCAGGUGGGACCCUCCAGAUCAGCCGGCCUGACCGGAACGACAGCGGCACCUACAACUGCACCGUGUCCAACCCAUUCAGCACCGGCACCGGCACCGCCCACAUCCGGGUCUAUUACGGGCCGGAGCCCCCCACGAUCAGCCUCUCGUCGGACCAGGACCCAGAGCCCCGGCGCUACGUCCGGGUGAACAGCACGGUGACUCUGGCCUGCCGGGCCCCCUCGGACCCCCCCGCCAAGAUCUACUGGAGCCUGGCCGACGCCAGCGACCCCCUGGUCCCGGCCCAGCCGGACCUGACGCUGCCCCGGGUGCAGCUCAGCCAGGCCGGGCUGUACUCCUGCCUCGCCAGCAACCCGCAAACCCAGCGCCAGCUCCGCGCCACCCUGAUCCUCACCGUCACCCAGAUCCCCCCUGGAUCCCCCUUCUGCUCCCUGGACUCGGUGGCCAAUGGCACGGCCCUUCGCUUCCUCUGCUCGUGGCCAGGGGGCUCCCCAGCUCCCAGCCUGAGUCUGCAGGGGCUGCCAGGGGGUGCGGAGGAAGGGGUCAGCUCCACCCUCGAGCGGACCCUGAGCUCCCCCCUGCCCACCCUCAAUGGUACCCAGGUCACCUGCCUGGGGAGACACCUCGCCGCUGAGGGGAACUGCAGCAUGACACCCCAAGCCCCCUCGGGGGUUUCUCUCUCAUUCCAGGCCUCCCUGGACCCUGGGGACACUGUCCUGCUGGAUCUGCAGUGCCGGGGCACCUACCGGCCUGUGGAAAUCGCUUGGGCCCGGGACGGGGCACCGCUGGCUCCGGGUGGGCGGUACCGGGUCAGCACCGACGGGGCCCGACUCACCAUCAGCAACUUCACGGCCCUGCAGGACCUGGGGGGCUACUCGGUGCGGUGCCAAAAUCCGCUGGGCUCGCAGGAGAGUAACGUCACGCUGACGGGUCCGUCUGUCUCCGGCUGGACCCUGGUGCGUGGUUCAGAGCCCGGCUCGGCCCGGCUGAGCUGGGCGGUGCCAGAGGGCUCCGUGGUCACUGGGUUCUUGAUCCAGCUCCAGGGGCCCCCUGGGGGCCGGGCAGCUGGGGAGUGGCAGACGCUGCAGACGCUAGGGGGCGCCGCUCGCUCCAGCACUGUGGGGGGGCUCCAGCCCCACACCUCCUAUUCCUUCCGGCUGCUGCCCCUGCUGGGAACCCAGGCUGGGGAACCCAGCCACACACAGACGCUUCUGCCAACUUCUACCCUGAGCCCCGGCGACAUCGCGGGCAUCGUGUUGGGCUCGAUCCUGGGCAUGAUCCUGCUCCUUGCCCUCCUUGUGCUCCUGAUCUGGUUCCUCCGGGCGCAAUGGGGAAAGAGGAAGAGGAUGCCCCUGACCCUGCCCGGGACCCGCCAGCAUUACCUUCCCCGUCAGUUCCCGAAUGGGAGAGAGUCCGACCCCGUCGAGCCCCCGGCCCCACCCUCCAAGGCAUCUUCGCACUGCUCCUGGGGGGAUGGCAACCUGUCCUCCAUCAGCUACGAGGAGCAUCUGCACAUCCAUGGCCCCCCUGCACCCUGGCCCAGGCACCCUGGAGACGGCAGGGGUCCCAGGCUCCCAUCUCUGGCCAGUUGGCAGGGCCCCAAGACACCGCGCAGCGCCACACGGGUGUGACUGGGACGGGAGAGCCAGCAAUGAACCCAGGUGUCCGGGAGGCAUCGAUAGAAUGGACUGAGCCUGCAUAGGACGAGGCUCUG